AUGAUUUCCUCUACCUUACUACUGCUCUCUUGCGGACUUUCUGCUCUCUAUGUUCUCACGUCUACCAUCCUUCGUAAGAUAGCGAUAUCACGAUUCAAAUCGUGCCAUGGAUGCCUUGAUCCGCCCGCCUUGCCUCAGCGCGAGCGCAUCAUUGGACUUGAUCUGCUGAAAGCUGGCGCUGCAGCAGUCAAAGCGAAGAACAGUCUCGAAUGCGCUGUCCGUCGCAUCGAAUCCACCGCCAAUACCUUCUCAAACACCAUUGUCGGACUAAAUAUCAUAACCACCGUCGACCCAGCCAACAUCCAGAGCAUCCUUGCGCAGAAGUUCAGCGACUAUGAUCUAGGUGGAAGGAUACAUGCUUGGGGUCCGCUCGUUGGCAAAGGCGUCUUCACCUCCGACGGUUCUGAAUGGGCGCAUAGACGAGCCAUCAUUCGACCAAAUUUUACCAAACAACAAGUCGCUAGUCUGGAUAUGUUCGAGAGACACUUCGGACAUCUGUUAGCUUUGCUUCCUCGAGAUGGGUCGACUGUUGACCUACAGAAGCUAUUCUUCAGCAUGACUCUCGAUUCGGCCACAGAGUUUUUGUUUGGUCAAAGUGUCGGCGCCCAAGGUGCUGGACAUGACAGCGAAGCUGAUCGCUUCCAGCGAGCAUUCGAUUUUGCUCAACAUCAAAUGCCUGACCGUAAUCGUUUGGGUGUCAUGAACCUUUUCAUUCCGAACGCUAGAUUCAAUGCUGCUUGCAAAGUCGUUCAUGCAUGGGCUGAUCGAUACGUCGAGCAGUGGCUUCAUGAAAGACAAUGCCAAAAGUCGCAGAAAUAUUCCGAUGGAAACAGCAAAUAUGUCUGCCUGGAGCAAAUCGCGGACCAAGUCCAAGAUCCGAGACAGCUCCGUGAUGAGAUGUUGAAUGUCUUGCUUGCUGGAAGGGACACUACUGCAGGAUUGCUAUCCAACGCAUUCCAUGUCUUGUCUCGUAAUCCAGACGUUUGGAAGAGAUUGAGGGCAGAAGUUGACACUCUGGAAGGAAGGCUACCUACCUUUGAAGACCUCAAGAGCCUUAAGUAUCUCAAGUGUGUCCUGAACGAAGGUAAUCUCCCCACAUGCCUCGUCCCUCGAGACUGUCUAACUACUUCACANGUUCUCCGCCUUUAUCCACCUGUGCCAACAAACGCACGUUGUGCUAAAGUUAACACGGUCUUGCCCACUGGCGGUGGUCCCUCACGCACAUCCCCUGUUUUCGUGCCCAAGGGCUCGAUCGUCGUCUAUUCAAUCUACGCUCUCCACCGUCGUCACGACAUCUUUGGACCCACAGCCAAAGAGUUUAUUCCUGAACGAUGGAGCCCCGAGUCCUCUGAUGGUCUUUUGAGGCCAGGCUGGGGUUACAUCCCUUUCAGUGGUGGUCCGAGAAUCUGUGUUGGUCAACAGUAUGCAUUAACUGAAGCCAGCUAUACUAUUGUCAGAAUGUGCCAGAACUUUGUCGAGCUGCGGUCCAGAGAUCAUGGGCCCUGGCGAGAGGGUUUGGGAUUGACUCUGUGCAGUGGUCAAGGGACUAAGGUCGGGUUGAUUCCUGUAUAG